GACGAAGGAACAAAGCCUGAUCUCCCUACACUUCUCCUUCCCCCUUACUGAGACGAAGAACAGGAAGCGCAGCAGCAGCCGCCAUGAGUAGGUCCGGGCAGCCGCCAGAUCUCAAGAAGUACAUGGACAAGAAACUUCAGAUUAAAUUGAAUGCCAAUCGCAUGGUUGUUGGGACGCUUCGUGGGUUUGAUCAGUUCAUGAAUUUGGUCAUUGAUAGCACUGAGGAAAUUAAUGGCAAUGACAAGAAUGAAAUUGGCACUGUGGUUAUUCGGGGAAACAGCGUUGUUACAAUCGAAGCACUGGAACCGGUUGCCAGAUCAUAGCUAUUGGCUACCAAUGCAAUUGUGUCAAUUUCUAUCUACCAAUUGUGCUUCUUUGCAGAGAUAUCUCUAGUACUCUUAAGCAAUUUAUGCAGAACCAGUAACGAAAUUCGAGAUUGAGAUAUGUUUGAUUACUAUGUGCUUGGUGACAAUGGAUUUUCAUCUUUUUAUAUGGUUCAUGGAGUCAUGGUGCACUUACUAACACAUCCAUGUGGCAUGGUGUAGUUUGGUUACACAUUUGUGCAAUACUCGGAACGACUUUGAACUAGCUUUAAGUUUAGUACU